CAACAUGAAGAAAUGGUUUUCAACGUGAUUGGUGAUGCUGCAAGCAGCCUCAACGUGCAGACUGUGCUCCUCUUUGUCGGUAUUCUGUUGCUGACUCUCAGUCUCACCUGGAUGCGCCAUCCACGAAACCUACCCCCAGGCCCGCCAGCAUGGCCGCUCAUAGGUAACACUCGCGGCCUGAAGAAGGGCCCAAUACACCUAGUUCUGGCUGACUGGGCAAGGCAGUACGGGAGUAUUAUGAGCAUUUGGAUAGGAUCUUGUUUAGUGAUAGUUCUGAAUGACAUCGGUGCCGUCAAAGAAGCUCUGGUCAAGCAGGCAGACUGUUUUUCUGACCGCAUAAAGACUGAUGAUCCACAACAUAAAGGCAGCAUUAUCAUGUCCAACGGGAACGUCUGGAGGGAGCGGCGUCGCUUUGGGUUGAGCGCCCUACGAACUCUCGGCAUGGGCAAGAGAAGCGUGGAGCACAAAAUCAACGAAGAGGCUCGCUAUCUCCUGGAGAGCUUUGACGCCCGAAGAGAUAAGCCCUUUGACCCCGAGCACGACAUCCUAAAUGCAGUCUCCAACAUCAUCUGCAUGAUUACUUUCGGCUACCGAUUCGAGUAUUCUGACCCCAAAUUUGCUCAACUCAUCAAACUGAUCAAGACCAACCUAUCCAGCUCAUCUUUUCUGUCAGUUAGUUUCUUACAUUACCUCUUCAACAGGUCUGAACAUGUCGAGAGACUUAAAAGGUUUGAAAAAACUGCAGCCUUCAUCCAGGGAAUCGUUGAGGAACACCGACACUCGUUCGACCCUAACGACAUCCGGGACAUCAUCGACAUGUAUAUUUUGGAAAUUAGGCAACAUGAACAGAUGGAGAAAGUCAUUGAAGGAGAAGUCGCCUUCCACGAGAAAACAAUGUGGCGGGGUAUCCGAGACUUCUUCGUGGCAGGCACGGAUACUACAACGAACACACUGAUGUGGCUGAUUCUGUAUAUGGCUAUAUAUGAAGACGUUCAGAAAAAGGUACAGAAGGAAAUAGAUGCCGUCGUUGGAUGUGACAGACAGCCAGUGGGUGAAGACAGCAACGAAAUGCCGUACACCAACGCAGUACUAAUGGAAAUGCAGCGUCACAAGCCUGUGACCCCAAAUGCUGUACCACAUCAGACAAGCUAUCAAACGGAGAUAUUCGGUUAUACUGUCCCUGCAAACACCAUUGUCUUUGUGAAUCUAUGGGCCAUUCUACGUGAUCCCAAACAUUGGAACGACCCAGAGAAGUUUGAUCCCACCAGGUUCCUGUCCGGUGACGGCAAGACUGUGAAAAAACCGGAGGCUUUCAUUCCAUUCAGUUUCGGUCGGCGCAUUUGCAUUGGAGAGACCCUUGCGAAGAUGGAGAUGUUUCUUUUCUUUGUCAACCUCCUUCAGCGAUUCACAUUCUCUUUACCUGCGGGCAAACCACCCCCUUCUCUGGAAGGAAUUGUUGGUAUCACUCUGGGGCCACAUCCAUAUGAAAUUGUUGCCAAAAGGCGCUAAAUAACACCUCGGUGGCGUGCAUUCUGAGAGAACGGAGGAUAUCCCUUCACUUUGCGUAGGAUCAUCCCCCUGACUUUUGUCUAAAGAAGCAAGAGAGUGUACCAGCAAAACAAGAAACCAAACCACAGAUGCAUUUGACAUAACUCCCUGUGGAAUUGCCAUAACGAGGGCUAUACUGUGCCUGUGUGUAAUGUUUGUGCUUGCAACAAAAAGUGCUUCCUUGUGUUAGCUUACCACUGCUUUUUGAAUUUACAGAGUUCGGCAAGGUUUUGGCAAAUUUGAUUUAAUCAUCUGUGAAAUGACUUUGACCAAAUCAAAACAGUCUGAAGGUAAUUUUUUUUUAGAUAUGUAUACUGCAUUAGACUGCAUUGGAAAGAGCAAAUGGGGUUCUUAUACCAUAGAGAGUUGUAGCAACUAGAUUGGCAUCAUAAUGAAAUUAGAUAUGUUUCGUGAGUGAAAAUGUUAUUAUUCCUAAUGGUGCACAUUCGAGUUAUAGGCGUAUAGUUAUAGGCGUAUAACUUAAGAGUGCUUCCAGCGACUCGUAAAUUAUUCUGUUAUGCUUCUAGGUAGUGCAGCCGAAAUAGGGCGUGUAGUUUGACGUAUAUGAUAAUAAAAGUAACUGUGUUUCAAGAAACUUUAAAUGAUUUUUUCCAAAAAAGUGAUUGCUGUCAAUGAAGACUUUUCACAUCAUUCACAUCAGAAAAAAAAAUCAUAGUUUGACUUGGUAGAUACAGUUCAGUCGCAAACGAAUAGUUAUGUAGCCAUUUCUUUGUUUCAGUUUCGUUUUCUUUGAAGACUACAAUUAGCAAUCUAAUGCUUCCUUUGACAUUACAGCAUGCUUGGUGGCCAUCUUAGCUGUAUGUAGAUUGGCUGGUGUAAACUUUUUCUCGAAAGUUUUAGAUGUUGAGUAUUUUCAACCAUAGAGGAAAUUAUUUUUGCUCACCGGUACAUAGCGGUCGUAUCAAAGUGUCACAAGACAACGAAAACAAAACAUCACAAUUGCAAACAUUAAACAAAGACCUUAUACAUAUACACUUAUAUGUAUGUGUAUAAUUAUCAGUGUAUAAAAGAAGUACCUGUAAAGGUGUAAUUAAACAUCAAGUACAGCCACUGCCAUUUUCGCCUAAUAAAAAACUCUGCGCUUACAUUGUUAGACCAUGAAAGAUGGGAAGAUAAUUAUUACUCUGAAUGUAAUUUUUAAAAAUGUAAACACAGCUGUCAAAAUUGAGGUCUAAAGUUGGAAUUGUGAAAUAUGAUAGCUCCAGAUAUGAAUAAUCGUAGUGAUUGUUAUCCAAGCUUUCGGAAGCCUCAUUCCAUGGGUGUAAAUCCUUGGAACCCCCCCCCCUUUCAAAUUUCCAUUGCCGUGCAAGUCAUCCUUCACAAUUUCCCAGUUCCCAGCACAAUACGCCGCUGCCUCAUUUUAACACUUUGAGAAAUGAUUAGUCCGGUCAGAAUUCCAAAUAACUAGCAGAUUAGAUAGGUUAUACCAAAUCGAAGAGGAUGCCUUUCUUUAGACAGUAGUGUUAGGCCGGCUCUACCUCGUCCUGACACUCACCAAUCACUCUUUCAGCCUGCCGCACCAAUUUGUUCCUGCGAUCUUUAUUGUUUAUGCUUCGCGGGCAUAGCCUUUCCUAAUACACUAAAAAGAAAUUCCAAACAGUACAUAAAAUUGAAUUAUAGAUAGUUGUUAAUAUUGAGGGGUUCACUUUGAAUGAUUGCGGAUUCCUCAGGCAGUACAGACGAGAAAUAUCUGAUCUUAGUGAACUUCCUUUUCAUAUGUUGGUGUGUUUUCUUGUUUUAAUCAUAUUAUUAGACGCGUAUUUUCUUCUGAUAAAGGUAAUUUUGAAAAACAGCUAUUGCUGAACAAUGUUACCCUGCGUGUUUUCAAAUAAAUAAAUAAAUAAAUCUUCCAACAAUACAACUGACACGAUCAUGCAACAAUAAUCUAAUACUCAAAUCGCGAUAACCUUC